CCACCCCCCUCUCCCCCAGCUCCUUUUUGAGACAUGGCCCGGGCAGUGGCUCCUGGAAGAGGAACAAGUGUGGGAAAAGAGAGAGGAAACCGGAGCUAAAUGACAGGAUGCAGGCGGCUUGAGACACAAAAAGAGAAGCGUUCCUCUCGAAUCAAGGCAUUGCCUCUCGGCUUUCCUUUCCCGGAGACCGCCUGAGGAUUUUACACGCUCUGCGCUGAGUUGAAGCUCCUCGGAUUGUUUAGAUUCCGCACCCCAACCCCCUUGCUCUGUUUCCCCCCUUGCGUUCUCGUUCUCCCGCGUCUGCCUGGGGAACCCGCGAAAGGAGAAUGGAGAGGGGGCUGCGGCUCCUCUGCGCCGCUCUCGCCCUCGCCCUCGCCCUCGCCCUGGCCGGCGCUUCUCGCAACGAUAAAUGUGGCGAUACCAUAAAAAUUGAAAACCCGGGGUACCUAACAUCCCCUGGUUAUCCUAACUCUUAUCACCCAAGUGAAAAAUGUGAAUGGCUGAUUCAGGCUCCUGAACCAUACCAGAGAAUUAUGAUCAACUUCAACCCUCACUUUGAUUUGGAGGACAGAGACUGCAAAUAUGACUACGUGGAAGUCAUCGAUGGAGAGAAUGAUAAAGGACAUGUGUGGGGAAAGUUCUGUGGAAAGAUUGCUCCUUCUCCUGUAGUGUCUUCUGGGCCAUUUCUUUUUAUCAGAUUUGUCUCUGACUAUGAGACACAUGGUGCAGGAUUUUCCAUACGUUAUGAAAUUUUCAAGAGAGGUCCUGAAUGUUCCCAGAAUUACACGACACCUACUGGGGUAAUAAAGUCCCCUGGAUUCCCAGAAAAAUAUCCCAACAGCCUUGAGUGCACUUAUAUUAUCUUUGCUCCGAAGAUGUCAGAGAUUAUCCUGGAAUUCGAAAGCUUUGACCUGGAGACUGACUCAAACCCUCCAGGGGGGAUGCUCUGUCGGUAUGACCGACUGGAAAUCUGGGAUGGAUUCCCUGAUGUUGGCCCUCACAUUGGGCGUUACUGUGGACAGAAAACACCAGGUCGAAUCCGUUCCUCAUCGGGCAUUCUAUCCAUGUUUUUUUAUACUGACAGUGCAGUAGCAAAAGAAGGCUUCUCAGCAAACUACAGUGUGUUGCAGGGCAGUGUCUCAGAAGAUUUCAAGUGUAUGGAAGCUCUGGGCAUGGAAUCAGGAGAAAUCCAUUCUGACCAAAUCACAGUGUCUUCCCAGUAUAGCACCAACUGGUCAGCAGAGCGCUCCCGUCUGAACUACCCUGAGAAUGGGUGGACUCCCGGAGAAGAUUCCUACAGAGAGUGGAUACAGGUAGACUUGGGCCUUCUGCGCUUUGUCACUGCUGUUGGGACACAGGGAGCCAUUUCAAAGGAAACCAAGAAGAAAUACUAUGUCAAGACUUACCGAAUAGAAAUUAGCUCCAAUGGGGAAGACUGGAUCACCAUAAAAGAAGGAAAUAAGCCUGUUAUCUUUCAAGGAAACACCAACCCCACUGAUAUUGUAUUUGGCGUUUUCAACAAACCAAUGAUAACUCGUUUUGUCCGAAUCAAACCUGUGACUUGGGAAACUGGUAUAUCUAUGAGGUUUGAAGUCUAUGGCUGCAAGAUAACAGACUAUCCUUGCUCUGGAAUGUUGGGGAUGGUGUCUGGGCUUAUUUCUGACUCCCAGAUCACAGCAUCAAACCAAGGAGAGAGAAACUGGAUGCCUGAAAAUAUCCGCCUGGUGACCAGUCGGUCUGGCUGGGUCCUGCCCCCCGCGCCUCACCCAUAUAUAAAUGAGUGGCUGCAGGUAGACCUAGGAGAGGAGAAGAUCGUGAGGGGCAUCAUCAUUCAGGGCGGGAAGCACAGAGAAAACAAAGUGUUCAUGCGGAAGUUCAAGAUCGGGCAUAGCAACAAUGGCUCAGACUGGAAAAUGAUCAUGGAUGACAGCAAGCGGAAGCCCAAGUCAUUUGAAGGCAAUAACAACUAUGACACACCUGAGCUACGGACUUUUCCACCUCUUUCCACACGAUUCAUCAGGAUCUACCCUGAGAGAGCUACUCACGGUGGACUCGGGCUCAGGAUGGAGCUUCUGGGCUGUGAAGUGGAAGCACCUACUGCUGGACCAACUACUCCUAAUGGAAACCCCGUGGAUGAAUGUGAUGAUGACCAGGCCAACUGCCACAGUGGAACAGGUGGUACCACCAUGCUGGCCACAGAAAAGCCAACCAUCAUCGACAGCACAAUACAGUCAGAGUUUCCAACAUAUGGUUUUAACUGUGAAUUUGGCUGGGGUUCUCACAAGACCUUCUGUCACUGGGAACAUGACAACCAUGUGCAACUCAAGUGGAGUGUGUUGACCAGCAAAACAGGACCAAUCCAGGAUCAUACAGGAGAUGGCAACUUCAUCUAUUCCCAAGCAGACGAAAACCAGAAGGGCAAAGUGGCACGCCUAGUGAGCCCUGUGGUUUAUUCCCAGAAUUCUGCCCACUGCAUGACCUUCUGGUAUCACAUGUCCGGUUCUCAUGUGGGCACACUGAGGGUUAAACUGCGUUACCAGAAGCCAGAGGAGUACGAUCAGUUGGUAUGGAUGGCCAUCGGACACCAAGGAGACCACUGGAAAGAAGGGCGUGUCCUGCUCCACAAAUCCUUGAAACUUUAUCAGGUGAUUUUUGAAGGUGAAAUCGGAAAAGGAAACCUUGGUGGAAUUGCAGUAGAUGACAUUAGUAUUAAUAACCACAUUUCACAAGAGGAGUGUGCAAAACCAGGAGACCAUGAUAAAAUGAAGCCGGAAAAUAAAAUUGCUGAAACAGGGAGCACUCCAGGGUAUGAGGGUGCAGGAGACGGUGACGAGAACAUCUCCAGGAAGCCCGGCAACGUGCUGAAGACCUUGGAUCCCAUACUCAUUACCAUCAUUGCCAUGAGCGCGCUGGGGGUCCUCUUGGGUGCUGUCUGUGGGGUCGUGCUGUACUGUGCCUGUUGGCACAACGGUAUGUCUGAAAGAAACUUAUCUGCCCUGGAGAACUAUAACUUUGAACUCGUGGAUGGUGUGAAGUUGAAAAAGGACAAACUGAAUACACAGAGUACUUAUUCGGAGGCGUGAGGCAGACAGGUGAAGCGACCAGUCGGAAGGCUGAUGCAGAAGGACCUAAGUUGAAUGAGCGUGCUGGGAAACUGUUGAUCUUUCACUGUACAGGCUGGAAGUGCGUUGAUGACGCUGAGCCAGGCUUUUCUCAGGAGCUUCGAUGAGUAUGGCCGACAGAGACAUGAACAAAUUAGCUGUGUUAACGAUCGGAAUCAUGUACAGUCAGCUUUUAUCUGUUGGUUUAAUUUGAAUAAUCAAAUGCUGGUGUUGAGACCAAGUAUGAUUGACUGAAUAAUUCGUUUCAAAUUUCCAAUCCCUUUCUCUCUCCUCUCCUUUUAUGGAUACUUUUUGGAAACUGCAAAAUCCAAGAUGCUGGCACCAUGUGUAUUCAGUGGGGCCCUUUUGAUGGACAUGCUACCUGUAACCCAGUGCCCAGAAUAUAUUAGAAUAAGCGCAUUUCAGUGGACUCCUGAAGCUGUAUGUGUGUAUAACUGCCCUGUCUUACAUUGGCAAAGAGGGAUUAGGAUGUUUUAUUUUAAAGUACUGUAUACUCAGUACCAGUUUAGUGUGUCAGCUCUGUUUACAAAGCAAUACCGUCAAAUUUUCUUGAUGUUUUCCAGUGUUGUACUAAACCUCGUGCUUGUGAACUCCAUACAGAAAACUGUGCCAUCACCGAACACUGCUGGCAACUGGGUGUGCUGCCGCCGACCGCAAGAAAACUCCUUGGCACUGGCUACUCUAUGUCCUCUCAAGUGCCUUUUUGUUUGUACUGGUUCUCAUUGUGUUACAUUAACAACCCGCUCUGUUUCUUGCUGGUGAACGCCCUACUCUUUAAUCAAACCCUGGUGGCCCACUGACUAAGAGGAAAGUAUAUUUUAGUGUGAGACGUCAGCCCCAGGGAAGGCAAGGGCUCUGAAGAUUUGCAAUGUGGCUUAAUUGUUCUGCUUUUUCUGUAGUUCAAUUUCAUGUCUCUUGACCCUUUUGUAUAAAGCUGCAAUAUUCUCUCUUAUUGUUCUUUCAUAUGGAAUGUAUUUUCAAAUGUAAACUCUUUCUCUCCUAGGCUGUCUUUUUCCUCUCUUAGGAUUUAAGCAUUUGCCAUUGUCCAGAAAAGAAACUCGCAGCUUUAACCUGCUGGUCAUGGCAAACAAUUUUACUAGACUUUAUGUUUAAAAAUAAAUAAAUAAGGGAAAUUCCUAACUUUGCCCUCCAAAGUCUAACUUUGGUUUUCUUGUUAACUGGUUAAAGUGACAGUAUCCUUUUUCCUUCAAUCAUUUGUAUGUCUAUUACAGUCAAAAUCAUCUUUGAUAGAAAUGUUUGCAUUUAACAGACACAGUGAUAAGUUGAGGGAAGAAAUGCUACUAAUUGGCUUUCAAGUGAGACCCAAAAUAAUCUAAAAAAUUCUCCAAAUACCCCAAACCAUGAAAUUUUUGCUUACCAAUAUGCAAAAUGAGAACCUUCACGUUUGGGGGUUGAGUCACACAAAAGAAGUAGCAGAAAGAAGUUUAUCUAAGAAAUAGCAUAAAUCCUGGUGCCAGGAGGUGAAGUGUUUUAAGAUAAGGGGGUUGGAUGGGGCUAGUAAAAGUCAAAACAAAUAUUCAAAAAAUCUAUUCAGCAGCAGCCCUGGAAAAUAACAGAUAUUUGGAUGAGUGUUUCUAGAAACUUCUAAUGAUUCACAAAGAAAACAAAACUGCCGUGGGGCUGGCAAGACCUAAGCCUCUAAAAACACAGGGAAGUAACUCUAUGAGCAGGCAGCUUGUGAAUUAACCCAAAGAAACGAUGGUUGUUUUUCUGCGUAUUUGUGCCAUGUCAUGUUGGACAUAAGAAUUUUUAGAUCUUCCACCCUUCCUGCUCUGUGAGAGGUCUCAGUCAGAUCCAUUUGUGGGAGUCACAUUUGCAUCACGGACUGGACAGUCCAUUCAUCUUGGUUUAAUUGGAUUGAGAAUUCCUUUUGUUUCCAGGAAUGUAUUGAUCACCAAUGAAAGAAGAGUAGAUUUUUGUCCUCAGAGGCAUUCAUCAGAUGUUACAAUCACACCAGGACAAAAGCACUAAGUAAGACUUUUUUUAAGGCAACAGACUUGCAGUUGUCCUCAGCCAAGGAAAAAUGAUACUGAAACUUUAAAUUUUAAAGUAUCUUGCACUGAUAAAUAUAUUUAAAAAAUAUAUGUUUAUAAAGUUAUUAAUUUGUAAAGGCAGUGUUACAAAAUGUUCAGUUUAUAUUGUUUUAGAUUGUUUCAUAAUUUUAAAGGUGAAAAAUAACAUAUUUUUUUCUUUAUUGAAAUCUAUAAAACUUUCUGUAGUAAAAUGUUUUCAUUUUACUGGUAUAUUAUUGCUUCAUGUUUUGUACCAUCAUAAAAUUUUGUGCAAAUUUUUUUACAGAAAUUUUUAUUUUCUAUGACAAUAUGACACUUGUAAAUUGUUGUUUCAAAAUGAACAGCGAAGCCUUAACUUUAAAUGACAUUUGUAUUCUCAGACACUGAGUAGCAUAAAAACCACAUAGAACUGAAUUGUAACUUAAAUUCCAAACUAUGACUACUACAUUCCAAAGAAACAGUUGAAUUAAACAUUUUCAUAAAAUAUUCCAAACCUGAUGGUUUUUUAUUACAUUAACUUUGUUAUUGUCAAAGAAAUUGGUAUUACUCCAGGACUGAAAUUUCUCAAGGUUUUGAAGUUCUCUUUAAAAAAUAGAGAGGGCCUCCCUGGUGGCACAGGGGUUAAGUCUCAGU